ACUAAUUAGUAAUCUGUGAAACUAAUUUUGCAAAUGUCAAAUGACAAUGAAUGAAGGAAAUGGAGAAAUAGAUGUCGAUGAUCUAAAAAAAUACUUUCAAUGUAAAACAUACCUAAUUAAGUGGUUUUUUAUUUACCAAAUAGUGUUAAAUUAAACACAACAAAGGAUCCCAGAGUCUUAAUAAAAUAUGUGAUUUCCAUUGACGCUUAAUUUCAUUGCUAAAAUGAAAUCAUUUAAGCUCAUUGUCCACCAGUCUAGUUUUAGUUCCGAGGACCUGAUUAUUAGCCUGAAAGACUACCCGGGCUUGAAGGAAAAGGAUAUAGUAGAGAUAUAUCACCCAGAAAAUGACUACCCUCGCCUACUUCUACAGGUCACUAAGGUGGAUGCUCCAGGAAGAGGAAGAGAUACAAUUAGUGUGGAGCAAAGCAUUGCUACCACAUUUCAACUGCGCACAUUUGCUGAUGUAUACGUUAAUAUUGUCAAUGUGCCCGAUGUUGCCCUUGAUUCUCUGGAGCUCACAUUUAAGGACCAGUACAUGGGAAGAUCAGAAAUGUGGAGGUUAAAAAACCAUUUGGUAAAUACAUGUGUGUAUCUCAAUAAAAAAAUUGAAUACUGUGGUGGUGCCAUAAGGUGUCAAGUGUACGAAAUGUGGUCACAGGGAGAUAGAGUGGCGUGUGGUGUGGUCACAGAGGAUACGAAAAUCGUAUUCAGGUCUUCUACUUCUAUGGUCUAUUUAUUCAUACAAAUGUCUUCUGAAAUGUGGGACUUCGAUAUUCAUGGAGACUUGUACUUUGAAAAGGCUGUUAAUGGGUUUUUAGCUGACUUGUUUGCAAAAUGGAAGAAAAAUGGCAGUAAUCAUGAAGUUACCAUUGUGCUGUUCUCAAGAACUUUCUACAAAGCUAAAACCCUUGAAGACUUUCCACAACAUAUGAGAGAAUGUUUGCAACAAGGAUACAGAGGGAGAUUUUAUGAGGACUUUUAUAGAGUUGCUGUACAGAAUGAGCGAUAUGAUGAUUGGUCCAAUGUGCUUCUACAAUUGCGAAGAUUGUUUACCGAUUAUCAGAAAAUCGUGUUACAAUAUCACGAGAGACCUAAUAUGGAGAUACCCACAGCAAUCAACUCGACAGCUGCACAGGGGAAUUUUUUGGAAGUACUCAAUAUGAGUUUGAAUGUAUUCGAAAAACAUUAUCUAGACAGAUGCUUUGACCGCACCGGUCAACUAAGCGUGGUCAUAACUCCCGGGGUGGGGGUCUUUGAAGUCGACAGAGAGCUGACUAAUGUCACCAAGCAGAGGAUCAUAGACAACGGCGUCGGCAGCGACUUAGUAUGCGUCGGCGAACAACCACUACACGCCGUCCCAUUAUUAAAGUUCCACAACAAAGACAAUAACCUCAAUUCUAUUGACGAUUACUCUAUGCCGCAUUGGAUAAAUUUAUCAUUCUACUCGACCAACAAAAAAGUGGCGUAUUCAAACUUUAUACCUAGAAUAAAGUUGCCGCCAAGAAAGAGUCAGGAGCCUCUUAAAAAAAUGUACGAAGAUGACCGUAAAGGGAAGCUGUUGAAAGAGGACGAAUAUAUGCAUAACUCUAUUUUCGACUUCGAUGCGUAUGACGCACAAGUAUUUCAAUUGCCACCCGCUCAUAGUACUUGUGUGCAAAAAGUGAGUCGUACAAAGAAGACGUCAGUAGCAGGUCUGGAAUGCAUGAGCAGAAGGAGUCCCCCGGUGCUGCAUCACAGGAAGAUGUCCGAUCCUGACAUACACCACAGUCUUGGCGAUAUUCUCACUGGAACUGGAAAGCUGAACGCGUUCGAUACGAACAGCGACUGCGUGGACAGCCCGCUGUCUAGCAAACGCCUGUCUCCGCGGAGCUCCGUGUCGGGACACAAGCCUGUCAUCCGCACCGGGCGUGCACUCAUCAACCCCUUCGAUCCCUCACACGUUACCGUCAAACUGACCAGUAAUAGAAGACGAUGGACUCACAUCUUCCCCAAAGGCCCCACUGGAGUUUUGAUCCAACAACAUCACUACCAGGCGAGGCCGGCGGGCGAAGCGAAUAGAGACAAGAAUGAAACCAACACCCAUCGGGAGACCACUAUCAAGGAAAACGGAUCCGCUUUGAAUAAUAACCAUUCCAUUUAUCAAGUGGACGGUAACGUAAUGGGUCGCAAGCGCAUGAUAAGUACGUCAGGCGCGCUCAGUGUACUGGGCACUGUGUUAAGCACCCCAUCCACUACUAACAACGCUUCUCUGGCGCUACUGUGGGGCGCAACGGGCGAACAGGAGUGGACGCCCGCCCUUACCACGGCGAACCGAGCCAUAGGUGUGGAUUGGAAGUCGCUGACUAUCCCGGCAUGUCUUCCCAUCACUACUGACUACUUCCCCGACAAGAGGUCACUACAGAACGACUACCUGGUGUCUGACUACAACCUUCUACCGGACGAUGUCAAUGCGGACUUUGCGAAGAACAGAGCUAUUUACAAAGACCCGUUGACUACUAUGGAAGUGUUCAAGGAAUUAGUGUCUCAGAGGCUCGCGCAGGGAUUCCAGCUAAUCGUAGGCGUGAAUGAGAACGAAGUGUUCGAAGCCCACUGUCCGUCCACUCCUGCGCCGCCGCCGUCGAAAGUGGCGCCGCAGUGUGGCAAGCCCAACACUGCAGCCAUCAAGAGAUACUUGCUGUCUAUUGGCAGAAUAUUUCAUAAAUUGACUCUGGUCGGCUCUACUAUUACCGUCACGAGAUAUAGACCGAGACACCCGUACCCUCCGUUCAACAUCCACUACCGCUACCGCUUCCACGCGCCCAACCACGACACCUACGAGGUCUCCUGGGUGUCCUUCACCACGGAGAAGCUGGAGAACUACAACUGGAACUACAUGGACCACUACAUCUGCACGAGGGGCGAUACUGACUUCCUACUCGUUGAGGCGCUGAAAUACUGGCGGUUCCGUACACUACUGCUGCCCCUGCCGUGCCCCGCCACGAAGCAAAUCCUGGAAGAUGAAAGCACGCACUGCGACAUCUACCCCGCGCACACGCGCCACGACCUCGACCAGCUCACUGACGGCUUUCUCAAAAUGGCCGAGUUAUACUUCAACAAGGUCAAACGUCCGAACAAGCAGAGGAUGGCGGGCGCGGCGUGCGGCGGCGACGCAGCGCUCACGCGCCGGCGACACUCCACUUCCAUCCUCUCUAGGAACGCCCAGGGAGGGGGCGGUGUUUCGAACUCUCCGUUCAGGGAGCGGGUGGGCAGCACUCGCCUGCCGGACCGCCCGCGGCUCCGGAUCGAAGCUGUGGCUGCUGCGAAGACGGUUCUUGAGAGGACACAGUCGCAGACUGGAGAAUGCGAUGACUUUUACGACGAUGGGGUUAUCGAACCAAAGCUAAAGGCGAACGCUACUCUCUCUGACAUCAUCGACCGCAUGCGCCACCCAACGCUGGGCGUGGGGUUCCUCCAGCAAACCGUCAGUUUGCCUUCACACACCUUCGUGUCCAUAUACGCGAUACAUUGGCUGCAGACUAAUAUGGAAGGGAUGACCUAUGAAAAGUCUUUGGCUAUUAUGGAGAAAUUACUGCAAGAAAAGAUGAUUUGUCACGCUUCAGGCGAUACCACCAAGCGUUACGUCGUCGGGUAUUACAUGUAUCAUAUAUUGCCUCAGAAAAAAGACAAAGAACUGACGGACUACGUGAAACCGCUCGGCGACCUACAAAGCUUCGAGAACGAAUGGAUGGAAGUAGAAGUAUUAGGUCCCAGGUCCCCCUUAAUAUCCAACGACACAGCGAGUGGUGCCAUCGACAUCUCUGGUUGUUGUCCGCUGAGUGACGACGUGGGCGUACCCGCCUUCCUUUGUGAUAACAUCGAGCCUAAUUAUAUGCAUUUACCAAGCGGUAGUGAUCUGCCGCUAUACAAGAACACGCACCUGGAUAUCGAUGUAAAUAACAAAAGCGACCGCAUCGAAUGGGGUCAUGCGCGUUACCAAGCGACAUUCCGGCCGGACCAGGCGUACGAGAUGUGCAUACAAUGGGCCAUCGCUAGCGGCAACAUUGUUGCCGAAUUGAUCUUCGGAUGGGCGCGCAAAGCGUCAAACUGCCGCCUGCAAAUGGUACCUAUUCCCGCGGACCCGCUCGCGUUGCCGUUCACGUUGAAAUCAGACCCGCUGCGAGGGCCUAUUUACGUGCCGCUCAACGAAGAACCCUUGCUGAGAAACAAGACUGCUUUGUUUGAAGGAUUCCCCGAGGAAACGUGGCCGGAGCGCCUGUUCCUCUUCCAAGAGGCGAUCGUAGGCCGUUUCGGCUUCAUCAAGUGCACGGUGGAGAGCACAUCGCACGCGGCGGAGAGCAUGGGCGACCACCUGUACGUGCACGUGACCGGGAACAUGUUCAUACUGAUCCCCACGGCCGUCAAGCCCGACCAGGCGCCUCGCAGACCGGCCGCUAAGUCGCUCAAAGUCAGCGGGUAUCCAGUGCAUCCGGACGCAGCUCCGAGCCCUCACGAGGGCAUCACUCGCAUCACGAGACACGUCAGUGGCAAGAAUAAGGACGACUACGACAACAGUCGCCGGAUGGGUUUCCUAUGGUCAUGGAAUCACAUGAUCUCUAAGAAGUGGAAAUGGUCUCAAUUCCCAGCAACUGGUGAUGAACCUUUCCAGAUGCGUAUGCUAAGAGACUUCAAACACUUCUGUGCUAAUCAUGAGCAAAGACUCAGCCAAUUCUGGGAUCAGUGUUGGGAGCUGAAGGAAGAGGCCCAAAGCAGGGUCGAUCCUUGUUAAAUAUUAUAAGAAAAAAUAUUUAUAUUAAAUGUUUUAUAGUAUUUA